CGCAGGCUGCCGGGAGGCUGAGGAGCGCAGGCAGCACCGGGGGGGAGGAGGAGGAGGAGGGCCGCACCAUGACUCAUUUGCAGGCAGGUCUGUCCCCUGAGACUCUGGAGAAAGCCCGGCUGGAGCUGAACGAGAACCCUGACACCUUGCACCAGGACAUCCAGGAGGUGCGGGACAUGGUGAUCACUCGACCCGACAUUGGCUUCCUCCGCACCGACGAUGCCUUCAUCCUGCGUUUCCUGCGGGCCAGGAAGUUUCAGCACUUCGAGGCGUUUCGCCUCCUGGCCCAGUACUUUGAGUAUCGCCAGCAAAACCUGGACAUGUUCAAGAGCUUCAAGGCCACAGACCCUGGCAUCAAGCAGGCGCUGAAGGACGGCUUCCCCGGGGGGCUGGCCAACUUGGACCACUACGGCAGGAAGAUCCUUGUCCUUUUUGCUGCCAACUGGGACCAGAGCAGGUACACACUGGUGGAUAUUUUGCGUGCCAUACUUCUUUCUCUGGAAGCUAUGAUAGAAGAUCCUGAGCUUCAAGUGAAUGGAUUUGUUUUGAUUAUAGACUGGAGCAACUUCACCUUCAAGCAGGCCUCUAAGCUGACACCAAGCAUGCUUAGAUUAGCCAUAGAGGGCCUUCAGGACAGUUUUCCUGCUCGGUUUGGAGGAAUACAUUUUGUCAAUCAGCCGUGGUAUAUCCAUGCCCUCUACACAGUUAUACGGCCCUUUUUAAAGGAGAAGACACGAAAAAGGAUAUUCCUGCAUGGAAAUAACCUCAACAGUCUGCAUCAGCUAAUACAUCCUGAGAUCCUACCAUCAGAGUUUGGAGGAAUGUUGCCCCCCUACGACAUGGGGACUUGGGCAAGAACACUGCUGGACCAUGAAUAUGAUGAUGACAGUGAAUGCAAUGCUGACGCCUACAACACUUCUGCAAAAGAUAUAGACAAGGACCUUUCUCCCAAAUCCAUGAAGAGGUCUCAAUCUGUUGUGGAUCCUGGGGUGCUAAAACGCAUGGAUAAGAAUGAGGAAGAAAACAUGCAGCCUUUGCUUUCACUUGACUAACAGUUCCUGAGCAUUGAAGAUGAACUGAGGUGGAAGGCACUGCCUCUUAGCAGCAAGUGAACCAUUGGGAAAGAAUGUACCAGCUGGAAUCCUAUUUACUCAUGUUAAUGUAGCAUAAUGGAAGCAGGCAGCAGGUUUUACCAUUCUGCCUGAAAUCUGGAUGCCCUGGGGUGAAAAAAGAAGAGAGAGAGAAAAAAAAAAGCAAAAGAAAAGAAAAUAAAAAAGAGGAAUCAAUAAUUUAUUCUGUAAGUGCCAACUUGUUUGUAAAUACAAUAUAACCCUCCACUUUGAAUUUGUAAGUUAUGGUAAGCAAAUACGAUGGAAAUGAAUGACUAUUAACUAUGUCAGUGAAAUGCACCACAAAAACGAGAAGAAAACAAACACACACACUGACACAUAGAAAUGCAUACUGGACAAAGAAAAAUAUCAAAGCCAAUUAAAUGUUGUCCUUCUUAUAGGAAGCCAUAUCUCAGCUAUCAUAUUGACUGCUGUUUUGUUUUCUCUCUGCAAUGCUCAUGUAGUGUGUAAAGAUAGAGAAGGAAUAUAAGAACUUGGAGACGUUGUAACCAGUUGAAUAUUUCCUAACUGUAGGAAUUCUUUUCACAAAUAACUUUGUGAUCUAGGAUUGUGACUUAGCAUAAACUGUGUAGCAUUGUAAAAAAGAUAGAUGAGCUGGCACCAAGUCUUUGACGGCUUUGUUGUUUGGCUGUACGAAUGUGUGAGGUUUCUUCCUUAACUUUUCAUUUACAGUUUGGGCUUUGCAAGUAACUUGGCUCAUUACCCUCGUCUGGGUGUUGUAAUGUGGGCCAUAUCGGAACUACUUCUCUUGCAUUUUGGUGCAUGUCAAGAAUAUUUCCAGAACUCUGUUCUCCCUUGGAAUGAGAAAAUAUUCCUCUAAACAAAGUGUAAUAACCCGUAUUUGGAGCCAAGGCCUGGCAGCAGCAGGUUAAAAGUCAAUCACUGAAUCCUGUGCACUGGGAGACUGCGUACAUAUAUAUAUUUUUACCAAUCUCUAACAAACCUACAAGGUGACAUUGUUAGACAAGUAUAUUUAAUCAAGGGUUUAUACAAGAAAUCAUACCUAUUCAAUGUACUUAGAUAUAUUAUAGAUUGUAUAUUGAGACAAUGUCAUUAUUCAUAUAGUAAAACUUUCCAUAGAACAACAGCAUCACACUCCAAGCAAGGAUUAAUAUGAAUAAGUUGUAGUCAGACAUCUCAGCCUAUGUGUUUAGGACACUUUUGUUUUGGUUGUAAUGUAACUGUAUAUAUUGAACAUGUGCCAUAAUAGAGAAAUACAUUUUACCUCAAAAGGGCAACAGGUUUUGCUAGGGAUUGAAUACGUCUGCUGAUGUGCAGGGAUUGUGUCAUCAUCAUUGUGUGCUGGUGUGUGUUUAGUCUGUUUUAUGCUGAGACAAGAAUAUGUCCUUUACACUAAGCAGAGAUUUCUUAUUAGGAUUUAACUCUGCAAUCAGAAUGAGAAGACACAGGAUGCCCCCUAAUGCAUCUGAACAGUUAGAGGUAUUGCAAGAGAAUGUCCAAACAAAGCGGGAAUUAAUUAAGAAUACUCUUAGCAGCUGACCACUGUGGAGGUAGUAGCCCAAGCAACCCUGCCUCCAAAGCUCCAUAGUACAAAGAAUAUCUUCAAUUACUUCAGUCAUCACUUAAGUUUCAAAGUUGCCAGCUUUAGAUCACCUCUCCUCUCCAGUGAUGAUUCCAGCUCCAAGAGUUAAUAGGCUGUGAAGAGUUAAAAGGAUGUGGAGAGUGAAAUCUUGAAAAAGUAUGUCUCCGAAUUUAGCUGUAACUCAUAUUGUGGCAAUGUUGGCAUUUCUCAGUUCUCAGAAAACCUUGUCAACAUCACCCUUGAUUAGCCAAGGCAAUACACAGAUAAAGCUUUCAUACUUUGCAGUACAUUAGCAACUUUGAUAAAUAGUGUGUGUCUUAACAUGUGGUUGUAUUGCCUGGAACUUGUUGACCAAGUCAUUGGGUUUCCACUCGCUUAACGCUAUUUUCAUUAUACAUAUUAUGAAAUGCAAACAGAGAAGAUACAGAGCUUGAACUUGAGAAAUGUUUAACAGUGGCACCUCCAGAAAGGGCAGGUGGAAAUUGUACAUGCUUAUAUCUUUUUAGUCUGUCUUGCAAGUUUUCAGUGCUAGAAACUGUUGUAAUACCACUUCUAUGCUUUGAGGAACUUAAAAGAUUUAUGAAUUCUUACCUACUAUUUUAUUCAGUUCUCUUUUUCACUAACCUUGUAAUGCCAUGCCAUAUAGGUAAGAUACAUCUCUAGAGUUUACUAAGUGCCAUAUUUGAAUGUAUGUUAUGCACACCCACGCUUAUGGUUACUAGAAGAGUAUAUUGCCAUAGAUCUGAUUCUUAAAAUCCAUAUCAAAUAAAACUCUCACAUCAGUAGAAAUUUUUUCCCUCUAAGGGUUUCAGGAUUUAGUCAGAGUUCCACAUUUAUGCAGACUAUGACCUGGUGGUGGUCAAAAUCUUUAUGGAUGCCUUUGGAUUCAUGGGCUGAACCUUGGUGUAAAUCAGCACAACGCUGAUUUUGGAAUAUGUUAGCUGUCUCGUCAGAAAAUGCAAAAGCCUCUUAAAUCCUGACAGAGCAUCUUUGUAGGAGAGUAUUUUGAUAAGACUGUAUGAAGCUUCUGCAGACCAACUGAUAGAUUUGCUUUGUUUUUGAAUCCUUUAUUUAGGCACUUAGCUGCAAUUUAUACAAUGUAUUCUGAUGACUGAUUUCAGCUUUAAGUUAAUGAAUAUUAAUAUAUUCUUUCCAGAAAGUGAAAGCAGGAUAUAUUAUAAUUUUGCAUAACUGGGACCUCAUCUUUCAAGAGCAAAACUACUUUUUUCAGUGAGAUCCUUACUAUUAGGGAGUUGGGCUACAGUUGUUCUUGGCUGCAGUUUUUAUUUAAUGGAAGCAAAUUUUUGCAGCAGUAGCUGUAGUUGUAACACUGGAUAAGAAAUAUAAUUAUUCUUCACAUGCUGUCAGUAUUCUUUGCAGCCCUUUCUCUUUUACUUACCAGGGUACAUAUUAAGCAGGGUUUCUACCAUUGCCCUCUAGAAAAUCUGUAUAAGUAGGUCAUUUUUUAAUAAAUGAAAUUUGGACUGAAAACUUUUCUCCAAUCUUUAUUAUCAUAGGAGGUGAUUUUUAUAGCAGAAUUGAACUGCUAAAGAUAGAACUCAAAGGAAGCCAUUUUAAUUUCUUAUCUUUGUUGUACAUUGGGGAAAAUUAACUUUGCUGUAGUUAUGCAUGCUGAUAUGCAUAUAUCAAAAAAGAAAAUUCCUGUAAUAUGAAAAACUUGGUGGAAAGACUAAAUACACCUGUCUAACCAGCUAGGUGAAAAAAAAGGAAUAGGAAAAAAAGUGUAAAAAUUGACAAUUUCAGGUCUUUAAUGAGAUCUAAAAUUGUCCCCUUAAACUGUGUCUCUUCCAUGAAACAAAUGUUUAAAAUAUAUGGAGAAGUAAUGGAAACUUUCAUGCUUAAAACCUUGAUCCUGUAGCCAGAGAUGUUAAUAAUUUGUUGGCUUUAUGAACUGACUGACAGGGAAUAAGUCCCACUAAACUGCAGCAGAUACACAGCAUCCAAAUAGUUAUUACUUGUAAAAUAGCUUUAAGAUUAAUAUGUCCUCACAGAAAUGGUAAUUUCUUAUACAGUAUAUUUGAAAUGUCACAAAAGUCACAAAAGAUAUUCAUAAAGUUAUACAUAAACUAAACACAAUUAAAAUGGGAGUAGAAGAGACCUCAAGAGGUCAGCUACAUUGAUAAAUGGAGGAGCAGAUUUGCUUUAAUUGUAUCUUUCUUCAAGAAUUAUUUUAACUCAGUACCUUGCAUGGAAUGUUCUUUGUAUUAUUUAAUUGCAGUCACAAAAAAACCUAAGAACAAUACUAGACAAAAUUGUAACUUGACUAUAUUUUGUUCAGGUCUUUUCCUAUUUAUCUGUUCUGUUCAGAAAACUAAAAAGUUCACCAAGCAUCAUAAGAACUACCUUUCAAAACUGCCUGGGAAACAUUUUGCAAUAAGCCUUGGUCAUGUCCCUGUUGUGUUGUUUCUGUCAUUAUUGUUGUAUAUAUUUGUCAAGAAUCUUAGAAGAGUCAUAUUUGGAAAAGCAUGGAAAAGAGAAAAUCUCCAAAUCAGCCUUCAGGAUUUUGUAUAAAAUCCUAAAAUAGCUUUUUAGGUUGCUUUGAAUUUGGUUUCGGUAAUCUUCGUUUGCCUUUGGGAAACUGCUGAGCUAUCAACAGCAUUGGGUACCAGGACAAUUUUGUAAUAUAAAUAUCAAUGUGAAAAGCAAGAGUCUCAAAGGAUUGUGCUGAAAAAUCACUUAAGCAUACAGUUAGCUGUAUAAUGUCCUUUUACUGAAUGGCAUUUUGCAGGUAGUUUACGAGCAUGUAUUUGUGGUGCCGAAUAUAGUACUUUGAUCCACAAAGUUCAAAGCACACUAUGAAAUCAUGAAAAUAGUUGUUAUCCCAUUUCUUAGGUAGCAAAAUAGAAAUACAGUGAGUUAGACAUGUUAAAAUCUCAAUAGAAGACAUUCAUAUUGUGUUUAUGUACAGCAAGAAUGAAACUCUGAUCACUCAGUCUGGUUUGAACUGAAGGAAAGAAAAUAAUAUCUGUCCCUAUUUUGUGUGAGGGGAAUGUCUGGCUGUUGAUUCACGUUCCUACCUAGACUUCUUGGAAAUCUGCUAAAUAUAUAGUUUGAGACCAUUACAAACCAGGAAUGAUCUGCUUUCCUGUGGAAUUAAGUCUGAAUGUACAUGCCUUGUGCUGAGGAAAUGGUGAAAAGGCAGUAUGUCCCCCAAAUGAAAUGCCUUUGUUCUCCAUGUAAUUGAUGAAAAAAGGCAGUUUGAAGACCUUCAAAGAGAGAUCCUGGCUGCGCAGGAAAGAAGUCUCAACUUGGCCAGGGAAGAUCCCCUUCUGUUGGCCUUGAAAGACACUUACUGUGGCAUUGACAAUACAGGGAACAUUUGCUUUUCCUUUAGAGGUAUUCUUAAGUGACCUCAAAUAACGGUGCAAGCUAGGGAGAUGUGAUCCCACACCCUUUAUUGCCUUGUGACGUUUAAUGAAUCUGUGUCAAGUGUCUGUAUCUAGCACAUUAACUUGGACGUAUCCUUCAUUCUGCAUUUCAGCUUUCAGUUGUGUGGGAAUUUUUUUGGUAUCAGCUUUUGGGAUCUUGAUUUGUUCUCUUCAUACGGGUCUGUUGUCACAAAAUGGCACUGACCCCUUUUGGUUUCCAGAUCUUGCAACAUGAUUUUGUUGUUAAAAAAAAAAAAGAAAACAAAAACUUGUGAUAUGCUGGGCAUUGGUACAAUUGAAACAGAGGUCACAAACUCUCACUGCUUUGUGAUUCAUGCUUCAGUGUUUUGUGUGAAUAAACUGCUCUAAUUGAUUCCAGAUGUAUCAAACUCACAGAAUGUGAGUUGAAAAAAAAGGAGGAAAAAGAGAGGAUUCUGCAGAAGUUCGAAAUCUGAAUUGAGGGUGUCAGAGUGGCAUUCAAAUGGGAGGGAGCAGCUGGAUUUUGGCAAAAUGUAUGGACAGCGCCAAGGGAAGACGUUGAUGCUUCCUUAUGGUACAGUAUUUCAAAGCUAAGUUAUGUUAAUAUAUAGCCAAAUUAUUUUGUCUGUGGGAAUCCUGGUCAGCCCGCUCUUUUGUUUCUGAAUCAUUCACUUGCAACAAGUCUUUUCUAAAAAAGGGGUGACAAAGCUUCUAUUUGCUGUUAGCAGAGAAUUCACUUCUAGAGAAUUGACAUAUUUGAACAGCAAACAAAUGGCUGGGGUUAAUUAGGAUUUGUAUUUGAUAUGGAAAUGCUGCUGUGUUUCCUUAAAGAGGCUUCCUCAUCAGCAGCACACAGCAGUGCCAAAAGGCAAGCAUUUCAAAUCGGGUCCCUUGGUUAAUAAAAAAUUAAGGCAAGAAAAAAUCAAGGGAAAAGAUAGUAAAGAAAGAUAAAAAGAUAAUUAAAAUGAAAACAGAAGCAGGCCUGCACUGGAAAGCCAAACUAAUGGCAAAAAUGAUAUGAGAGAAUUUGUACAAAAACUUCCAUGGAGUAAAUCAUUAGCUCUUCAUGUGUCCCCCAUCUACAUUAUGAGCAGAGUUCCCAUUUUUCAUCCUGUUUGGCUUGUAUGGCCCUGAUGGAGUUUCCCGAAUCUUUAGAAAAUGCUUUGAAAUACCAUAUAAAAUACUCAGUCACGAGCUCCAGUAACUGAGUGUGUCACCAUGGCUUUAAUGGAUCAGUGUAUUUCACCAGAUCUUAACUCCGAGAUGGGCCCUGGGCUGACUCAGUCCUGGGCACCUAAAGGGAUAUGUGAAACACGGUGUCCUGUCUGGUUGAAUGCUCGCUUUCAGAGGUCAUGCAGAGAGAGAAGGGAAGGGACCGUGUGCCAGGAGGAAAAGGUGGAAUACCUAUAGAGAAAAGGACAACAGGGAAUGGGGGUGAACACAUCCAUCCUUUGAACAUAUUGGUGAGGGAGACUUUCCCUUGCUCUGUAAUCAGUAUAAAAGAGGCCUUACAAACCCCACUGCACAUCUGUCAUCGUCGGGGAGAGAGAACAUCUUUUCCUCUUUGCAGCACAAACAUUUUUUUUGGUAUUUUUAAACCUGAUAUAUAUGCCAGGCCUGAACUGUCUCUGCUUCUGUUGUUUCCACUGGGACUCUGGGGCUGUGGGUAUCACAUAGCGUGUAGGAGCUGGAAAGCCAAUUUCACAAACCUGCCUCAGAGGAAGAGAAGGAAGGGAUGGAUUCUGCAAGCCCCUACUGCAGAGAGUAUUUCAUAUGAGAAUUUCGUGCUUGUUUGCAUUGAAGUCUGUCUUGCCUUGGCAUCGAUAUCUGCGCCUGCUCUGUUUAGGAAGGCUGGUAAUAUAAGCGGUGUGGGAAUGUUCUCCAAACACUUAGGUGUCUUGUGCUAAUUUUGCAGCCUUCAAGCUGUAGCUGGUGAUCCCUGUCCUGUGUCUUUAAACAGUUCUGCUGGUGAUGUUAAUAGUAGCCAUUAGUAACUCAGAGUCGAGAUGAUUUAAAGGAAACUGACAUCAUUGAACAUCACGCUUAUGUCUAAAAGUAUUUAAUUGGUGAUUGUUACAAGUAAUGCCUAAGAUUUUGAUAACUUAGAGUUUCAGGGUUUGGUUGCAUUGUAUCCUUGAUGAGAUUUAGUGCAUAAUCACUUUCCCUUAAAUAUGGUUUUCCCUGAGGUUCAUGUGGAUCUUUCAUGCAUCAAUGGCAGAAGGAAAUUGCAUUAAAUACUAGGAAAUGUGAUUCUAAAGCUAUUAAUGCAUUCAGAGGGGCACAUGUAGAAUGCCUGACACUAUUUUUAAAGAGUUUUGUUUUGCGGUUAACUAGGUUUCAAGUUGACACUAAUGUCUGUCUUAAAUCAGCUGGCUCUCUAGCUCUUUCACCCUGUGGAUUGUUGUGUGGAAGGCAUCCUGCAAAGCUUUCCCAGCUCUGCAUCUUUUCUUCUUUUACCCCCUUACAUUCCACAAUGUCCUGUUUUCUGUACAUAUUUUAUUCUGUGAAAAACUGGAGAAAACUGUAAAACCACUGAUGAUCUGAAGACUGGAGCUUGAGAACCACUAUUUUAAAUAUUUCCCAUAUACAAAUCUGUGGUGACAGGGUGAACUGGAAAAUGGGAACAACAGCCGACCUCAUCCAUAGAAGAAUACAAGAAGGACUCUGGCUAAGAUUCCCUAAAGGUGUAGAUAGACAAUCACCUGAGACAGCUGUUGUGAUUUGAGAUGUUACCUUCCCCUGAUUGUUAACUAUAACCUCUCAGGUGGGAAUUACUGGCCCAGCAUUUAAGCAGCAGUGGAUUAUGGAAGUACUCUUGUUCCAGUGGAGGUUGUGAACAACUCAUGCUAACUCUGCUGAUUCUGUACUCAUGCAAAUUUAAAAAUAUUCACAUAAUAUAUUGAUGCAGCUCUGUUAUGAGGAUGACGAUUAACAGCUAGUUGUGGCAACAUCUAAAAUUGCUGUAGCUAGAUUGUCUAUCUGUGCCUUAAGGCUCUAGUGAUCUGUAGAACCUGCAUAGCGGUAACCACUAAAUACAUUUUUUCGCAUGCAACAAUCUACUUCGGAGCCUUACAGAAAAUCCUACAGCACCUAUCAAAAAUUAAAUUACAGAAGUAAUUUGCAGACAGUGCUCAUAUCCUCAGGAUAAAUUUUUGUUUGUUCGUUUCUCAAUUUAGUGCUGUUAGGACUAAGGGGAUCUGAGAUUUGUAAAGCCAGGACAAGUCUAUCAAUCAUGUUCUCUCUAUGUAUAUUUCCGAUAACUAAUCUCUUUUCACAACUUGUCUUCAAUUUGAAUUUUAUUCUUGGACCUAGCAAGAAGGUUACUUUUGGUCUGUUGUGUUCUGACCUAAAAUCUGAAGAUUAAGCAACUUUGUGAAACAUGUCACUCUUUAUAUUGUAUAUUUAAAUAUCAUCAGUUCUCUGUGAUCAAUGGGCUACUUUGGAAAGUACUACUACUUUAAAUCAUUGAUUACUGAGGAAGAAUGACAUUCUGUUAAAUAAAAUAUGACCAAAUGAAAAUUAAAAUACACAUAUAUUUUUGUGUUUGUA